CAAUCUUCCUUCCUUUCCUUCCUUCCUCCCUUUUCCUUCCUUCCUUCCUUCCUUCCUUCCUUCCUCCCUUUUCCUUCCUUCCUUUCCUUCCUUCCUCCCUUUUCCUUCCUUUCUUCCUUCCUUCCUUCUUUCCUUUCCCCCUUCUCCUUCCUCUCCUUCCUUCCUUCCUUUCUCCCCUUCUUCUCUCUCCUUUCUUUCCUUCCUUCUUCCACUACUUCUCUCUCCUUUCCUUCCUUCCUUUCUCCCUCCCUCCCUCCAUCACCUCCCCCCCAUCCACCCACCCACCCCGGUCCCCAAAGUGCGAUUGUCGUCGCCGCGGCGGGCAGCAUGGACGAGCAGACGCGGAUGCUGCAGACGCUGGCCGGCGUGAACCUGGCCAGCCACGCGGUGCAAGGGGGCAUGGCUCUGCCGCCUCCCCACGGACACGAGGGCGCCGACGGCGACGGCCGCAAGCAGGACAUUGGCGACAUCCUUCACCAGAUCAUGACCAUCACCGACCAGAGCUUGGACGAGGCGCAAGCAAAAAAGCACGCCCUCAAUUGCCAUAGAAUGAAGCCGGCUUUGUUCAGUGUCCUGUGUGAGAUCAAAGAGAAAACAGGUCUCAGCAUCCGAGGAGCGCAAGAGGAAGACCCCCCAGAUCCUCAGCUCAUGAGGUUGGACAAUAUGCUUCUCGCGGAAGGAGUCUCGGGUCCUGAGAAAGGCGGUGGAUCAGCGGCGGCAGCGGCGGCGGCGGCAGCUUCAGGCGGAACUUCAGAUAAUUCUAUUGAACACUCAGAUUACCGAGCCAAAUUGACGCAGAUUAGACAGAUCUACCACACCGAGCUGGAGAAAUAUGAGCAGGCGUGCAAUGAAUUCACUACCCACGUGAUGAAUCUCCUGCGAGAGCAGAGCCGAACGCGGCCCAUUUCCCCCAAAGAGAUCGAGAGAAUGGUUGGGAUCAUCCAUCGGAAGUUCAGCUCCAUCCAGAUGCAGCUCAAGCAAAGCACCUGUGAAGCGGUUAUGAUCUUGAGAUCCCGGUUCCUUGAUGCCAGGCGAAAAAGGCGCAACUUCAGUAAACAAGCCACAGAAAUCCUGAAUGAGUAUUUUUACUCGCACCUCAGCAAUCCCUACCCCAGCGAAGAAGCCAAAGAAGAGCUGGCAAAGAAAUGCAGCAUCACAGUAUCGCAGGUAUCCAACUGGUUUGGCAACAAGAGAAUCAGGUACAAGAAAAACAUCGGGAAGUUUCAAGAGGAAGCCAACCUCUACGCUGCGAAAACCGCCGUGACGGCGGCCCACGCCGUAGCCGCUGCUGUCCAAAACAACCAGACCAGCUCGCCCACCACACCGAACUCUGGUACUUCCGGUUCUUUUAACCUUCCUAAUUCUGGGGACAUGUUCAUGAACAUGCAGAAUCUGAAUGGGGAGACUUACCAGGGGUCUCAAGUUGGAGCCAAUGUGCAAUCACAGGUGGAUACCCUGCGUCAUGUUAUCAAUCAGACGGGAGGAUACAGUGACGGUCUGGGAGGAAAUUCACUGUACAGUCCACAUAAUUUAAAUGCAAAUGGAGGCUGGCAGGAUGCGACCACUCCAUCUUCUGUGACUUCUCCGACAGAAGGCCCGGGAAGCGUGCACUCCGAUACCUCUAACUAAUCUCCCGACAAGUCCUUCCUCUCCCCGCCCCUCCUCUCCUCUUCCCCUUCUCGCCCCGCCAUGCGCUGAGAUGCCUUCUCUCUUCGUUCGUCAUCCCAGAAGAGAAAGACAAGAAGAAAUAAAAGAGAGAAAAAAAACCCCAAAAGAAAUCUUUUCUCAGCCCGCCACGGAGAACCCUUUCUUCUGCACCACCUUGUCGUACCACAAAAUUUGGGCUCCUUUGAUUUGUGGUGUUGAGAUCUUUAAAAAAAAAACACAGAUUUUUUUUUCUCCCCCACUCUUCCCGGAUGGUGUGGUUUUAAACCUUCGUACGUCGAACUCACCGAGAGAUGCGCACUCACUCCUUAUUAAGGGGGGGGAAAAAAUUAAAAAAUAAACCACCAAGCACUUUAUCCAGCUGAGGGCCAAGAUGGCGCCUGGUUUUGUCCUGUUCUCCAGCGGAUUCUUAAAAGAUGGCCGCCUCGUCGUUGGCGUCUUGGCUUGAAGAGGUCGUCGAAGACUUUUAUUCUUAAGAAUAAACUCAAGUUUUAUCAGCGCCAGACUGAGCUGGUGACGGGGUGGGGGGUUUUGGGGUGGGGGGAGAAGAGCUGGGAGACUUUCACACACCCCAACCCACCCAAUUUCCGCCGCCGUUGGAAGGGAGUUGCCCAACUUUAGUUGUGCCCGGUUUUUCGGAGCAGGGCGAAACUUGUUCUUUUCUCAACGCUUCCUUGCUUUUCUGCUGAUAUUUGUCUUUCUUCCUUUUGAACUUCCGCAACCGAUGAUAGCACAGUCCUCUUCUCCUCCUGGUCCGUUGUCCGGCACAGACAAUCCUUGUGAGGCGGAGACACUGGCUUUUGAUGUUUGCAAAUAUAUAUAUAUAUAUAUAUAUUUAUCUGUAUCUAUCUAUCUAUAUAUAUAUAUUAAAACCCGGUUGCCAAGUUUGACAGUCCACGUUGAGUUGCAUCCGCCGAGGUUUGGCCAUCGCUCCUCCGCGUUGGCUGAUGGCCGCUGUUUUCCGGAGUGUUGUAUAUAGUGUAGCUAAAAAAGAAUAUUUAUACAUCUCACCAAUCAAAACACAGCUUUAUUACCUCAUGCGAACCAAUAGAAUCAUUCUUUAGCUUAGAGUGCUCACUACUACCUCUAAACCAGCCUUCUUCAACCUGGGAUUCUCAAAAUGUCAUAGACCGAUCAGCCUUUACCAUCACUGGGGUCAGCCGUGUCUUCUGGGGCUGAUGGGAAUUGUAGUCCAACACACCCAGAGGGUGCUGGGUUGAGGAAGCCUGCUCUAAACAAUACUCACGCUGUACUUUCUAUUCUUCUUGUUUUUCACCCCUUCCUCUUUAAUCUCUUCCCUCCUUUAUUUUCCGACUGUUUUAUUUUUUGACCAUCUCGUAACCAAUUCUUUCAGUUCUUUCUCCACAUAACUGUACAUUGUAAUCUUUUAAAAAAAUAAGGAAAAAGAAAAACGUUUUGUUUUUUUGUUUUUUUAGAAAAAGAAAAAAAAGGAAAAAAAAAUUCCAGGUUGCGUUUGUGACUUUUGAAAAAAAAACAACAACACCUGAUUCUAUAUAUAAAUAUAAAUAUAUAUAUACAUACAUAUAUAUAUAUAUAUAUAUAUUAAAAAACAACAACAACCCAGACAUCCUUUGAAGCUUUGAAAUAGAAAUUUUGAGUUUCGAAGCUAAAACAGUCAAACUGUUUGUACAUACUGAGAAACAUUUUGAAUGUCCUUUCAUCCUGUUACGAUCUUAAUUCACGCGAAAGAAGAAGAAGAAGAAGAAGAAGAAAGAGAAAAAACAAAAAAACUGAAGCCGAUAAUGGAUUGUAAAGGAGACCGCGUUCUUGAUAUUCAAUAUAUUUCACCCUGUAUAAUUAGGGAAAGGGGAUGGGUGGGUGCCCUUUAUUUUUUCUUUCUUUCUUUCUUUCUUUCUUUCUUUCUUAAUUUUUUUCCCUCUUUUAUAUAGUAUGCGAUUCUGAACCUGAUUGGCUGAAUUGCAAAAAAAAAAAAAAAAAGUGGCAAGUGAUUCUAAUUGUAUUAAACCGUUUGGUGUUACUUUUUAAUUGGAUUACACCCUGAACUGAAUUCUUCCCUUGUGGUAGUUCUGUGUAGUCUGGAACCAUGAAUAAAACUUUUUUUUCCUUUCAUGAGAUCGAACGUGGAUCGGAUUUCUUGUCCCCGUUGGCUAUCCAUCUAGGUCAGGUUGGAAAAACGGAGGCCGGGCAGGAAAUUCUGCCAAAGAAGAAAUGCCAGGGACCUUCUUGCCUGACAAUAAGCCACGUUGGCUAAAGUAGAUGGGCUUUGGAGUCUUCCAACGUUCAUAAGUCUUCUAGCUAACUCCCAUCAUCCCUGACAAGAAGCCAUGUCGGCUAAAGUAGAUGGGCUUUGGAGUCUUCCAGCGUUCAUAAGUCUUCUAGGUAACUCCCGCCAUCCCUGACAAUAAAUCACGUCAGCUAAAGUAGAUGGCCUUUGGAGUCUUCCAACGUUCAUAAGUCUUCUAGCUAACUCCCGCCAUCCCUGACAAUAAGCCAUGUCGGCUAAAGUAGAUGGGCUUUGGAGUCUUCCAGCGUUCAUAAGUCUUCUAGCUAACUCCCGCCAUCCCUGACAAUAAGCCAUGUUGGCUAAAGUAGAUGGGCUUUGGAGUUUUCCAAAGUUCAUAACUCUUCUAGCUAGCUCCCACCAUCCCUGACAAUAAGCCAUGUUGGCUAAAGUAGAUGGCCUUUGGAGUCUUCCAACGUUCAUAAGUCUUCUAGCUAACUCCCACCAUCCCUGACAAGAAGCCAUGUCGGCUAAAGUAGAUGGGCUUUGGAGUCUUCCAGCGUUCAUAAGUCUUCUAGCUAACUCCCAUCAUCCCUGACAAGAAGCCACGUUGGCUAAAGUAGGUGGGUUUCAAGUACACGUUGCUGGUUCUAGAUAUGCUUCAAAGACUCUUGCUUGAAGAACCUGUAAAUAUAUACAAUUAAAGCUUGGUUGCUGCUGCUCUUUGAUUGUGUUGGUGGUGAUAGCGAUGAUGGUGUGUUUUGGGUUGUUUAUACACACCCCCUUCAAUUUCAUCUACUCUGCUUCUGUCGUCUCUUGCGGGUUCCAUUAAAAAAAGAGCUCUAUUCAAUUAAUGUCUCCUUGAAAAAGAAGAUGCGAGGGGAUCUGUUCAGAGGCUUGAAACUGCCCAGAACCCAGAUGAGGGUCUUCAGAAUCCAGAACCCAAUCCUCACGUGUUCACCCCAGUCCAACAGGCUCCCUGGGAGAAGGAGGCAUAGAGCUCAGCUUCCUUCAGCAUCUCCAAGGCUUUCCAGAUCAAAAACGCCGUCUAAAAUUUCAGUCUAUAGGGCCUCUUGUGGCUCAACAGACUAACACAGCUGCCUGCAAUUACU